GUAUGACAAAGGACUGCUUGCCCAUUCACAUGACUCAAUAGACAUCCAUCAUAGAAGCAGGAACAGUCUCGUGGUAGGUGGACACGGGCCCCCCAAAGGCUCAGAAAGUCUGUUUGACUCACCCUAGCCAAAGGUAGGGUGCUGUUUUGCACCCAGGAGGUUCUGGUUCAUUUGGGAUCUCAGUAGGAGAGGUGUGGGCUCUCAAGGCUAGUUAACUGGUUUGUUGCAUAAAGAAUAGUAGUAGCGGAAAAUGUGAUAGCAAUCUUAAGUCUCUUCUGAUACUGAGGACCCUGCCUAUAACAUCAUGAGACAAGCCCCUUCACGUUGAUCAGCAUGUUGCACAGAUCCCGUCUGUGAUGCCUUCAGUGUUUGACAAAGAACCUUUCCAGAUAUGCUGCAGAUAUUAAGUCAUUGCCACCCAACAUAAAGGAUAAACUGAUUACAUUAAUGAGUAGGCAAGGGCAAAUAACUGAUUCAAAUAUCAGUGAGGUAUUGCACCCCGCUGUAGAGUCUCUAGAUCUUCGAGACUGUGAUAUUUCAGAUAAUGCAUUAUUGCAGCUUUAUAACUGCAAGCAACUGAAAAAAAUCAACCUAAAUUCUUGCAAAGAAAACAGAUUGGGAAUCACUUCAGAAGGUGUCAUAGCACUGGCCUUGUCCUGUCCUUACUUGUGUGAAGCGUCUUUUAAAAGGUGCUGCGAUAUAACUGACAGUGGAGUUCUUGCUCUUGCGCUCAACUGCCAGUUCCUACAAAUAGUGAACUUGGGCAGCUGUUCAGGCAUCAUGGAUGCAUCUCUGCAGGCACUAGGAGAAAACUGCAAAUUUCUUCACAGUGUGGACUUUUCAUCUACUCGGGUAACAGAUGAUGGCGUUGUAGCACUAGUGAGUGGAACAUGUUCAAAGAAUUUAAAGGAGAUCCACAUGGAACGCUGUGUGAAUCUGACUGAUGUUGCUGUGGAAGCAGUCCUUACUUGUUGUCCAAAGAUACACAUUUUUCUGUUCCAUGGAUGCCCAUUGGUAACAGAUCGUUCCCGAGAUGUUUUAGAGCAGCUAGUCAUAUCAAACAAAAUCAAGCAAGUAACAUGGACUGUUUACUGAUUAUCUAUCAUGUACAUAUGAGUGUAAAGUUUACAGAUGGAAGACCUCUUUCAGAAAACAAGCACCUUGGAGAAAUAGCUGGUGACUUUUGUACCACCAGAUUGCUUCCCUACUUGUUCCCACCACAGGUCUCCACUGUCAUUCCAGUCCUUGCCUGUGAGUCUGGGCUUCCCCAUUGUCUCUACUUAGAGCCCUGCCUGUCUUUGCAUUGCUGAUCAUACCUCAUUAAGAGGAAAGUUAAACUAUAAUUAAUGUUACACUGUCAUCGCUCAGCCUCCUUGAAAUAUCAGAUUUGGUUACUACAUAGCAUCUUUUAGCAUCUUAGCUACAUAUACAAACCCAGUUUAAGUAAGUCUGUGUUAUGAGUUUGUAGUCUGAGGGGGUAGUUGCAACUAAAAGUACCAAGCCCAAACAUAGUAUUAACGCUUACGCAGAAGUGUCUGUGAAGUUAGGACUUUAAUCUGACAAAAGUCAACAGACAGAACUGGUGAAUGGAGGUGACAUUAACAGCAAUGCAAAUGUAUUUUAAGUAGUAACAAGCAAUCUCCUUUCACCAUGUACUUUUGCUAGGUCUGGAAGAAAAACCACGGAUACCUUUCUUUUGAUGUUACUGAUGCUGCAUGUUUCUGUUUUUAUUUACCAUCAAGUACUUCCUGGAUUUUUACACAUCUGGAAGUACAGUCUGUGAACAUGUAAACAUAAACUUGCUUUGAAAUUGUUGUAACUUAACAAAUUUCAGAGUAGUAGCUAUGACCAAUUAAAAGAAUCUUGUAUAUGGGCAAAUACUUACUUGCUUUGGCUUUUGCCAAUUUUUCAUGCCAUUUCCUGCAUGAAAAUCCUUUUAGGGAACAAAACAUUGGUCCUCAUAAGCAUAGCUGUGAGUCAGAUAGGACCAAAUUUAGUGUCUGAGUACAUGAAUCUCAGGGUGGUAGAGUUCAGCAGAGUAUGUGUUCUGCUGUAUGUGAAAAAGAAAAAAAAAUUUAGAAGUGUAGAAUGAGUUUAUUACAUAAUGGAGCAGUGGUCUCAUCACAAUUAUAAGCCAUGUUCAUUGGCUUUCUUGAAACAGCAUAACCUCUAGUAAGACUUCUAUGAUUUCUACAUUAAACUUUAAAAAACGCUAGCAAUUUUAACAUUAUACAGGGCAGGUAGCACACUAUGUUGAUACCCUGCAUCUGGAAGUAGCACGGUUUAGCUAGGGUGGUCUUACAUGGAUCUGAUGACACUUAGAAUCCGAUGAGUUUAGGCAACCAUAAGGAAUGUUUACUUUAUAAUUUAACACUUGUCAUAGCCACACUCAUUUUAAGUGUUGCAGAAACAAACCAGUUGUCUAAUCUAUUUAAAGUUCAGGUCAAAUUGCAUGGAAGAUAAUAAUAUAUGUUGCAUCCAGUAAUAUUAAAGGAUAUUAUGAUGUCUGACAAUAAUCUCUGUUCUUCUGUUGAUUAUAUGGUUUAUGGAAGAGCAAGUCCAUUUAUAAAACUUGCUUAAGUGUAACUGAAGGCAUAAUUUUCAAACUCCAGUGCCUAAAUCCCUAACUCUUGUUCUGUGCAGUACCAUGGCUCUGCCCAGUGGUGAAUGUGUUCCUGUGACAUCUAUAGGUGUAGCUGCACCAACACAAACUAUUCCUGCAAACAGGAGAAGUUGGUUUUGCUACAUUAGCAACUAGCAUCUGAAGGCUGUAAUUGCAGCAAAUAACUUGGACCAGAUAGAGGUCUAAGAACCUAAUCUACCAUGAUUUAUUCCCUUUUUUGGCUAAAGAGUAGUUUAUUUUUUCGCCCUGUGGAAUCCCUGGUAUCAAUCAGACCCAUCAUUCCUUUGAACACUUGGACAUGAGUUGGCAAUAAAUUUGUUUUGCACUGUUUUUCAUAUUGAUCCAUCUAGCUGAUUAGGCAGCAGCAAUGACAUGCUUAGUAAUCGUGUCAGGUAAGUAAAGCAUAAGGAUCAGGCUGCCAGCCCUGGUUUCAGGAAGGGUGCCACAAAAAGAGUAAGUAGAAUUGUAAGCUAACUCAAGUGGGAGAGGGCCUCAGGAGGUUUCUAGUCUAACUUCCUGCCCAAAGCAAGACCAGCUCCGAGCAACGACCAGCUUAGUCAGGGCUUUAUCCAGCCAAGUCUUGAAAAACUGAAGGUGACAGAGCCUUUACAACCUUUUGAGGCAACUUGUUCCACUGCUUGACAGUAUUAAUGGUGGAAAAUUUUUUCCUUUUAUCCUGUUUGACCUUACUUUGUUGCAACUUACACCCUUUCUUGCUGGAAGAGCCUGGUUGUCAGCCCGACAACCUCCUCAUAGGUAUGGGCAGGCUGCUCAUAGGUCCUUUGAAGCCUUCUCUUUUCCAAGCUGAACAAGCCCAGUUCCUUCAGUCUGUUACUGUAAGAUAUGUUAACUGUAACAUAGCACGGUGAUGGUCACCAGACUCUCAUCUCAAGUGCUACAUCCAGAAAGAAAAUUGUAAAUGAAGAUAAUGUAAAGCAGCUAAAGGUGGAAGACCACCAACACCUGUAACAGCAAAAGAUACUUAAAAAAAAUUCCAUCUGUGGGACUGUGCUACUGCUAACCUCACUGGCAAAGUUGUCCUUUUUCCCCUUCCUGAUGUAACCUUGGAUUUGUCAUGUUGAAGGCAAAUGCAGCUUAUACUGUGUUCUUAAAUGUGCAUGUAGAUGUACCAUCUUCUCCCAUAGCCUCUUCUAAACGUGUAACUUAGUGGUAUAUUCUCACCUUGUGCUUAAAAAUCUGUACAAUGCUGCAAUGAAUUAACGCUGUAUUUUUAGGUUUGAAAGUUUAAUGUAAGUCACGUUAAAUCCUUCCCUAUCUUGA